AUGUACCUCGAGCCUUUGCGCGUAUUGCGGAAGGUUUCCUUGGGCGUACCGACGCCGUAUAUCUAUCAUGUUUACCGCCUGUGGUCAUCAUCGCCGCCAUGCAGGGCAAAGAAACUGCCCACGUACUACAAGCCAUCGGUAAUCUCAAGGAAUCAGAUUGAUGCUCUGGUAGGGUCCAACCCCUCUAACUAUUACAUUACGGCCGACCUUGCCGGAACCCUCCGACGGCUAGGUUUCCAGUCGGUACAUACAGUGGUAAAACUGGUAAACCAACACCGGAGAGAGCUGCAGCAAAACAAAUGCGCGCCUAACGCAGCGGUUAGGAUGGCCGCAACUAGCCAGCAAUGGCAACGAGUCUACAAAUCAACCUUGAAUUCCUUAGAAGCCAAGCUGCUUCAGGACCCGAAUAUCUUGCGUCAAAUCUUCCACGCCUUUGGCAAAGCCGACCUCCAUUUCCAAAACAUCAAGAAGAUGGCGCAUCUAGGCAUCUAUGCAUUGCAAGUCGCCUUUGACAAUGGAGAUGAAGAUGCUGCCAUUGACACCGCUUUGGCCGAAGUCAAAUCGAGCGGCGGCCUCCGACAGAAGACAUAUGACUAUAUCAAGAAAAUGGCAUUGGCAAGAGCGGAUUGGAGGGCAAUGACCAUAUAUCUCUGGCACAUGUUGCAGAGCGCGCAGAAAAAGCAAGUCACAGAGGAAAAUUAUCUGCUUGCCAAAGAUCUGUACGCUAUGCUUGAACCUAGUCAGAAGCAAGAUAAAACACUCCCGUUCCUGCGGAGCUUCGAGCUUCCUUGGAAACUGCUUCACGACGCUGCCGACCAUUACCUCUACCAUCUUGAAGAAGGCGGCGAGUCAGAUGCAGUCCAAGAGGAUCUUGACAUGGCCCUCCGGGAGGGUGUUUCAAAAUGGAGCGACCCACGAGCCGCCGAGAUGAUUCUCAAUCAACUAGGCGAGGUUGAGAAGCAUAGCCCGCGGUGGAUAUCCCUCAUCACACAGUCCGCUAUGGGCGGUAAUUCAGAUUCUUGCUUCGCCCUGGCCAUGUACCACCUCGAAAAAGACGGAUGGUAUCCUAAACCAUCCGCCACAAAAGCUAAGAGCUGGAUCGGGGUAGAAUGGCUUGCCCUCAGUGCAGCGCUGUCAACAUCUGACGCCAGAACAAUGGUACGAAGAUACCUGGCUCUGGCUCAUAUUCUCCGUGAGAACGGUCAUGGAAAGGAGGGCUAUGCGUGGUUGCCGACUGCCAAAGCAAACGUCUUUGAUGCUGGCCUUGAUCCGAACCUCGAGAUGGUCAAAUAUCUGGAUGGAUUCCAGCAACAUUGGUUUGACGACAAGGUCAUUGUGACCACAUCUCAUGAGUUUAUUCAGCCUGCUGAAGACAACCGUUGA